AUGAAAAUCACAAAGGCAUUAUAUUUCAUUGCUGCUUUAUUAGCAGUUAAUUUAAUUGCCCCAAGUUUCUACAAUAAUGUUGUGUCAGGAAAGAAAGCAGCUGCAGGAUACAGAAAAUUAACUGAUGCAGAAAAAAAAAAGAGAAACCAAAAGAUCAUGAUGAUCUCUUCCAUUGCAUCUGGUAUUGCCAUACUCCUAGGUACUGCCUUAGGUUUAGGACUUCACUACAAGAACAGAAAACAGGAUAAUAAAACAUCAAAUCCAGCAGUUCCAAAAAAAGAACCAUUACUUGGAGGUAUAAAAGUCAAUCCAACACAUAAGUAA